AUGAAAGCUGCACUGUUGAUCAGUCUGUUGUUCUAUGCUGGAGCUGAUGAUAUUGAGGAAACCAACAUUCCCGAAGUUCCAAACUUAGAUGUCCACAGGCUUGCUGGGACGUGGUAUCCCACUGCAUUUGUCCAUAAAAACAAGGAGCCGGAGGAUGUCAUCCGCUUUGCGAAUCAACUGGAGGUUACUGGUGAAGGAGAUGUGAUUCUCAGGAUGAAGUACAUUAAAGAUGAAACAUGUCAGUCGAUUAAUAUUAAUGUGGUGCACACUGACAAGCCUGGUGUGUUCCAGAUUCCUGCUACCGGUGCAUCGUUAUACGUGGUGGAUACAGAUUAUUACACUUACCACACUGUAUAUAUUGCACGGCAUGACAGCUAUAGCAUGUUUCUCUCAAGCAGAGCACGAGGAGUAUCACAAUUCAGGAAGCUUGCUAAGUCUCUGGGAUUUGAUGAGAGCCAAAUAGUCUAUGACCAGCUAGCAGAUUCAUGUGAAUAA